AUGCGAGACUACUACUCCCCCCCCGAGAGCACCACCACUAUCACCACCGUGUACACUACGACAACUUGCCCUGUGUCCUGGACCACUGUUAUCAGUGGCUCGUCCACUAUUACUCAGCCCGUGACUUCCACCAGCACUAUCAUCGUCACUUCCGUGAUAACUUGCACUGAGGGCUGCGAGCAGCUAAGCACUACUGUCGUUGUUCCUCCCUUGAGCCAGCCCACGGCACCGGCUCCUGUUGAGUCCUCUCCGGCUGUCUCCCCAGUGACCAGCCCGGUCCAGACGACCGCCCCGGGAGCUCCUGCUACCACCAGCCCUGCCUUCAACGGAGCUUCUUCUCAGUUCCAGCGAUCUCUGACUGGAUUCAUCCCCGCUCUGGCUGUCGUUCUGGCCUUUAUCUAA